AUGUCGCUGGAUGAAGAAGCUCUCGAGGCAGUCGCCAAUGGCGGCUCCAUGGACUUAGAGAAAUGGGCCGGCAUGGUUGCGCCUUUGAUGGAGCGACUGGAACAUAUUGUAUACAAUGUGUUCCCCAUGCCCAAAGUGCCGCCAGGGUCGUACAGCCACCAGCAGUUUCAACAGCCAUCCCAGACUUCCGAGACCACUACUGUCCCACCCGAAAGCAGCAACAAGGAGAAUAAAUCCCCUGGAGGCCCACGAACCCCACCCGCAAGAGCCGCCUCCCCGCCGUCGAGCGAGCGCGUGCCUGACUCGCAGCCGCAGUCAACACAGCAGUCGAACAAUUCAUUACCGCCUCCUCUUACACUACUCCUGAGCUCUAUUGAAUCUGCAGUUCAGUCCUUCUUCAUUGAAAAACCGCCACACACAGUCCAGAGAUUCGCGGAGCUUAUUCUCCGACCGACGGCUCAUUAUAGGACACUACCUGCCUAUCUCCGUGCCGUGGACCGUGUCGUUUCGGUGACUAGUGCUGCAGACGUCUUUCCUUUCAGCAUUCCAGCAAAUGCCACUCACAGUACUCAGCAAAAUGGGCUUUUACAUCCCACCAAUAGUGCCGGCACCUACCUAGCUACGGACUAUGUGACUGGGUUGGGGAGUGACGAGUCCCUAGGUGGUGCUCUCCUCACCCCAAUCCCUUGGUUGACCAACGCCUCUUUUGAAGGCGAGGAUGUUACCGCAUUGGUUGAAGAACAACCGGUACCAACUCAGGUACAAGAAACGGGAAACAUCGACAAGAACGCCGCAACUACUACCACAACGACCACUACAGCCUUUACUGAUGUCGAAGAGGCUGCUCACCGCGCUGGUCAGCGUGCUUCUGCUUCUCCACCAGCGGAAUCUCCAGACGAAGUCCCGCAUGCUCGCGGGCCCGCACUCCUAGGCGUUGAGGACAUGGGUCUGCAAGAUGGAAAGGGUGUGGAGAUGGACCUUGGUGAUCUCGCCGCCCAUGACGCGGCGACAGGCGACGGUGUCUCCGAUGCCCUUGCGGCGGAGGCCUCCACUGAAGCAUCGCGGGAGGCUGACGCUCCUGAUGGAGAUGGCGAUAUCGUGCUCGGAGACACAAAGCCGAAGAACGAGGAGGCUCAGAUGGAAGACGCGACAGUGACGCCUCAGACGGGCGAAGGAGACUCCGAAGCAGCUGCUGAUUCCACGCAAGCCCCGGAGUCUGGGGAGAAACACUGA